AAAGGCAAAGCUACUAUCAAAACCUGAGGUCUAUGCUACCAAUAAGAAAAUUGAUCGACAUCAGGGGAUCAAGAUGUUUCUGCUCAGCUUGAUUCCACAAUUAGAAGAAUUGAGUGAUGCACAACUCAAACUUUUCAAGCGACAGGUGUUGAGAGUGAUUGAUGACAAGUUUCUCGGGACACCAACAACAGAAUCCACGGUCCUCAUCAGGCCUCACCAUCCUCACCUCACCGACGAUGUCUGACUCAAGAGAUUCACAAAUAGACUUGACUCACAUGAUGUAAAUUUCCAAACUGCAGAUUUUUAUAACACUUUUCACAAGGUCUUAAUAGCUCAAACAUGUAAAUACUCAAUAAAAGUACUCAAUGGUCAUUUUUAUGUGGAUAUGUUUUAUUCUUAUGUAAAUUCAAAAUAACAAUAAAGUUGACUUAUUAAACUUACCUCAG